GGUAAUACGCUCUCUCUUUCCGGCCGGUUCGCCAUCAUUCAACAUGGGAGCAUAUAAGUAUAUGCAGGAGUUGUGGCGCAAGAAGCAGUCCGAUGUGAUGCGCUUCUUGCUUCGCGUCCGUUGCUGGCAGUACCGUCAGCUGUCUAACCUCCACCGUGCUCCAAGGCCCACCAGGCCCGACAAGGCUCGCAGACUGGGCUACAAAGCCAAGCAGGGCUAUGUUAUCUACCGUGUUCGUGUGCGCAGAGGAGGCCGUAAACGCCCCGUUCCCAAGGGUGCCACCUAUGGCAAACCAGUAAACCAUGGUGUGAACCAGCUCAAGUUUGCCCGCAGUUUGCAGUCGACUGCUGAGGAGCGUGCUGGCCGUCACUGUGGAGCCCUGCGAGUGCUCAAUUCCUACUGGGUGGGUGAGGACUCCACCUACAAGUUUUUUGAGGUGAUCCUGAUUGAUCCCUUCCACAAGGCCGUCAGACGCAACCCCGACACCCAGUGGAUCACAAGAGCUGUGCACAAGCACAGAGAGAUGCGUGGCCUAACGUCUGCAGGGAAGAAAAGCCGUGGUCUCGGUAAGGGCCACAAGUUCCACAAGACCAUCGGAGGCUCCCGCCGUGCUUCCUGGAAGAGGCGCAACACCCUGCAGCUGCACCGUUAUCGAUAGAGCACGCCACAUGUCUACAUUAAUACAAAUAAAAAUGUCCCUUUUUAUGGUGAUGA